GUAGCGGAGCCGACGGCUGAGGGGGAAAUCGCCGGAGCGGAGAAGCUCGAAAGCGGUCACGACGCCUGACGCGGCAAAGCCCAGCUAGCUCAAAAGUUUCAACCAUUUCUGCUCAAACCGCCUUUAGAAUUGGGAGAAUUGGAGUGCUUUGAGCCCCAAAGUAUCUUAGCUUUUCAACCCACGCCGGCCUGGUGCCUGUAUGGUGACCAGAUGGCAUCCCGCAAAGGAUCGGCCACCAGUCCUGGAACUGCGCCCGUUGUCAAUGGCCGAGACCGGGAAGAUGUGGAACUGGCUGAGCUCGGCCCCCUUUUAGAGGAGAAAGCCAAUCCGGGAACGUCCCGGUCGGCUGAGAACCCAUGUCAGCCAUGCCCGGCUACUCAGGAGGAAGAGGAGGAGGAAGUAAGGGUCUUAACCCUCCCCUUGCAAGCCCACCAUGCCAUGGAGAAGAUGGAAGAAUUCGUCUACAAGGUCUGGGAAGGCCGGUGGCGGGUGAUCCCCUAUGACGUGCUGCCUGAUUGGCUGAAGGACAACGAUUACCUGCUUCACGGACACCGCCCGCCCAUGCCAUCGUUCCGUGCCUGUUUCAAAAGCAUCUUUCGCAUCCACACCGAGACUGGCAACAUCUGGACCCACCUGCUCGGCUUCGUCCUCUUCCUGUGUCUCGGGGUCCUGACCAUGCUGCGCCCCAACAUGUACUUCCUGGCGCCCCUGCAGGAGAAGGUGGUUUUCGGGAUGUUCUUCCUAGGCGCCGUGCUAUGUCUCAGCUUCUCCUGGCUGUUCCACACCGUCUACUGUCAUUCGGAGAAGGUCUCGCGGACGUUCUCCAAGCUGGACUACUCGGGAAUCGCCCUGCUGAUUAUGGGAAGUUUUGUCCCGUGGCUUUACUACUCCUUCUUCUGCUCGCCCCAGCCGCGACUCAUCUACCUGUCCAUCGUCUGCGUCCUGGGCAUCUCCGCCAUUAUCGUGGCCCAGUGGGAUCGCUUUGCCACCCCAAAACACAGGCAGACCCGAGCAGGGGUCUUCCUCGGGCUGGGCCUGAGCGGCGUGGUGCCCACCAUGCACUUCACCAUCGCCGAGGGCUUCGUCAAGGCCACCACGGUGGGCCAAAUGGGAUGGUUCUUCCUGAUGGCUGUGAUGUACAUCACCGGAGCCGGACUCUACGCGGCUCGUAUUCCGGAAAGAUUCUUCCCGGGCAAGUUUGACAUCUGGUUCCAGUCCCAUCAGAUCUUCCACGUCUUGGUGGUGGCCGCGGCCUUCGUCCACUUCUAUGGCGUCUCCAACCUGCAGGAGUUCCGGUACGGAUUGGAAGGCGGCUGCACGGAUGACUCGCUGCUCUAAGGACCACGGGAAACGAUUGCAAAAAGUUCCCGAAGGGCUUUUCUGGCAGACUUCGUCUUUCUCGACUUAAAACCGAAAGAUGGCUUUUUUUUAAAAAAAAAAUUAGAAAUGAAACUCAACACAACGUGGAUCGCGCCUUGUGUUUGGCGCCUGGUGAGAAAGGAAAGCAGGGGAGCUCGUUCCUGAGGCUCCUCUGCAUUCUUGACAACACCGCGCACAGCUCGUCGGAUUCCUCGCUUCUCGUCGGGAAUGUCUUGCUCGGCAGUGAUAGCUCCUACGAGGAAUCCCUGCGCUAUCCUGCCGACAUUUGUCUUUCUCGACAAAAUCAUGUACCGCUAAAAAGGAAAGUAUUUAAUAUUUAAGAAGAAGUUUUACAAGCGAGGUGCUGCCCGUCGGCUUCUGGAUCCUGAUGUAUCGUCGAGGGAGCUGCAAGCCGGGCACGGGAUGGGAUUCGGCGUUGCCGAGCUGCGACUUUUGGUGUGGAGAUAUCUGAAGCUGUGGAUGAUGGGGUGUUGGGGAAUCAGGUUCGAGGGAGGGGGUCGUCUCCAAGGUGUGCACGCAUCUACUCAAUCCAGAGUCUUGGCCUGGAUGUUUUGCUUCUGACGACACGCUCCUUUUGCUGGAUUUCCCGUGUCCCAUCCGAUUCGCACGUGUUGAUUUUCCCGACCAGCUACUUCGUCUUGCUGUGCUGAAGAAAAGGAGGAGCAUUUGAAGGGGGUUGACUUUCUGGUUUGCAAACUAUGCCGACAGAUAAAAAGAGGCGGAGCAGAGUAAUGGCAAGAUUUUUGCUAAAUUGACACAAAUAUAUAAAGUUGCCGUGUUUCAUAGCAAUAGCAGUUAGACUUAUAUACCGCUUCAUAGGGCUUUCAGC